CCCCGUUUACCGAUACCACCGGUCUCUUGUUCCCUUCCCCGAUAUAUCCUGUGUAUAAAACCCAUUUCCGGAGCACGAAGAUUCAGUUUUAAUCUCAUCGUAAAUCUGUUUGGACGGUCGUCUCACCGUCGAUCUUAUCGGAUUCUGCUUCUGUAAAAGAUGGCAGAUAAUGAGGAUGGAGAAGAGAGGACUUCUCGUGGGAAUGAAUGGGAGGUCGUAACGCUUACAGCAUCAGCGUAUGAAGCUGCUCCUGAUUCUGGGCAAGUUGAGUUGAAAGAUGAUGACAAGGGAGACGCAUAUACACGGGAUGAAGCUGAAACGUCACGUGCCCUAUUCAUGUCUCGUCAUUUUGUUUUCCCACCCAGUGAGCAUGAAAACUUGCCACUGGAAUCUGAUUAUAGUGAGAUUCUUGGUGAAUCUGGAGGCAAAGAUGUCUCUGAAGUUAUUGUUGAUGAUGGGGCCACACCUAGCGGAAAGGAUGAAGAAAAUGUGAUGAUAUCCAGAAUGAAUGUUUCAGAAGCAUUUUCAGAUAUUCCAUAUUUUGAUGAUAAGAUGAGCAAGUUUUCUGUUCAUUGUAAACAGUUUGGAGAAGGUACAACGCUAGAAGAUUUUGGUUUGACUGGCAAAGAGGAAAGUAUGUAUGAUACUGCAAAAUACAGUUCUUUACACAGUGAGACAGAUUUUGGUGGUGCAACUGCAUAUGGGGAUAAUAUAGUUGCGUCUGAAAUAAUUGAACCUGCUGAACAAGAGUCAAACACUUCUUUUGAUUUAUCAAAUUCAAAGAUUUUUCCCAAAGAUGAUAAAUGCCAGCCAUCAGGUCUUCCUUGUGGAGCUUGGUGGAAGCGAAGAGCUGCUGCCUUAUAUGCUCAUGCAAAGGAGGCAAAUGCAUAUUGGUCUAUUUUCAUUGCAGCGGCAGUGAUGGGCCUUGUAAUGCUUGGUCAGCGCUGGCAGCAGGAAAGAGCUUAUCAACUUCAGUUGCACAGCGGUGUAAAUGAUGAGGGAAGAAGCAAGAUUCUAGCACCCAUAAUACGACUCAAAGAUGUGAUUGUUGGUGGCCAUCGUCGUGGUUCCUUGGUCAGGGGCUCCUCGGAUGGAAGUUAAGAUGAUGACGAUAAAUUGUAAGUCAAAAGUUUGAGAAAGAAAUGCCAGCUUGGUGUAGCGAUCUUUCUCAUCAUGAAUGUUACAGUGAAAACAUUUUAUAGUAUGAAUUCGCCGAGUCCUUCUUUGUUGUGUUGUCCUACAUUGAGUUGUAUUGUAUAGCUCUUGAUGUGAUUCAACUUCGUAUUUUAUGUGAUUCUGAUCAUGUGGAUUAGCAUUUUAGACUCCCAA